CUGUUAUAUUCCCAACCUCUAAGUAUAAUUAGUACAAGCCUGUGAUAAGCCUUUGCAGUCACUUACAUUCAGCGCCCAUGGAGCCCACGUCGCCAGUACCACCGUUAGCUCCAUUUCCUCCAGAUCCACCUGGUGAACAUCGCAGUCGUGCACCAGAAUUUUACGGCUUUGUAGCUUGGACUUCUACCUCUGUCGUGUUUGUCCUCUAUGUGCUAUGGGCCCUGCUCCCAGAUGAAUAUAUUGUCUGGCUGGGCGUAGAAUGGUAUCCGAGUAGGGAGUGGGCUCUGCUUCUUCCGGCAUACUCCAUUGUACUCGUACUUUUGACGUACUCUGUCUAUUUUUCCAUCGCAAUCGCACGUACUCCCGCCUUCUCUGAUCCCAACACGCUCAUUGAUACCAAAGCACACCUUCCUGCGUUAAAUGCAAAUCAGUAUUUUAAACAUGCGGAUCCGGAUGCUAUCCCUGAACUGUACGACAUUCCCAUCGGACUUGUCAAUCGUGUGGUGUAUACAAACCGCAUCGCUUGCCAAAUGAAAAGCGGCCGCCUCGAGAAAGUUUAAGCAAAGGUGACAAAGUUCAAGCAUCCCCUAAAACCCCAUAAUUUAAUGCUGCGGCGGAUAUAGUACAAUUGCUAGCUAAUAACUAUCUAUCGUAACCCAUGCGUUGAGUGUCCAGUAUUUGAUCAAAACU